AUGCUUUCUUCAAAUAGAAAGAAGUUUUGGUGGUUCAAGCUUAAGUUUUCACUUCCAUUCACAAAAGGAAAUCAUUCUAGUAAAAGGAAAGAUGGGAAGAAAAAUAACUUAAGUGAGAAGCUAAAUGUGAAUGAGGAGUACAAGGAAGUCUUUAGGACUCAAUCUUACAUGGAAAUAUUAAGCAAAGUCCAAGUUCAAUUGCCAAGAUCACCAAAAACAACUUCAAAUGACAAAUAUUCUUCGUAUUCCUAUUCCUCUUCAUCUUCAAAUUCUUCUCUAUCAUCAUCUUCUUCUUCGUCCUCACUUCCCUUAUACAUUCACCUCUCAGAUCUCCUCGAACCUCACCAAGAUGUUAUCGACACCAUGCAAACCUCGAAGAUCCAAACCCUAAUCAUCCAUUACUUCGAUGCCAGCAUUGAAGCAUGCAAUGCAUGUGAAUCCCUCCUUAGAGGGAUUCACAAAACUCGAUUGUAUCACCGGAGAAUCCAAAGGGUGAUCGAUUUAUCUCAAGGACGAGAAAAUAACAACAAAGAAGAGGAAGAUCAAGAGUGUAAUGAAAAAAUACUACAAGAAUUAGCUUCCUAUGCCGAUCUAAGCAAUCCUUUACCAAACAUCAAUAAUAGUACAACAGAUUUCCCUAUGAUACGUGAAAAGUAUACCUUUCUAUUGCAUAAAUUAACUACAAAAAGAAGGAAAAUAAAGCGAAAGGAGAAAUUCACAAGGGUUUACAAGAAAGCAAUCAAGUAUGGCUUCAUAAUUAGUUACAUUGUGCUAAUAAUCACUUUGUGGGCCCUAGAAGCUCAUAGUAUGCUAGGGUUUCUAGGUGCGCCAAGGCUAUUAUUGCCCUUUUCUAUGACUAUGAUGAAGAAAUUAAGGGAUUAUAUAAACAAUAACGAUAAUGACAACGAUAAUAUUGGACGAUUACUAAAAUUGAACAUCCUUAAACACCUAGGAGAGCAACUAGACGUGGCGGCUCGAGGAAUUUAUAUCUUUAUUAAUGAUUUCGAUACGGUUGGAAGACUCGUAACACGGUUGCACGACGAGGUGCAACAUAGAAAGGAGAUUGCAGUGGUUUGUGUAAGAAAUGGGAAGUGUAAUGAGCUUAUGAGGGAAGCUUUAAGGGAUAUUGAGAUGCAACAACAAGGGUUUGAGGAACAAUUGCAAGAGCUUGAAGAACAUAUUUACUUUUGCUUUUUAACUACAAAUAGAUCUAGAAGAUUAGUUAUUCAAGAGAUAUUGGAUCCUUUGAAUGCACCAUGGGACUAA